UCUGAUGAAAUCUCUCUUUAGCUCCGCGGCUAGCGAGGGAAACGGCGACGUCAACGAGUCUGGAGAACAAGAAUUUCCAUUUAAAACUAAUUAAAAGUAAAACCGCUUUUCCCCUAGAUCUAAGGAGAACACUUUGACUCGAUUUUGAUGAUACAGCCGUUUCUUCUACUACAAAUUAACGUUAACGUUACAGUAUUUUCUUCCGAAAAACGCGGCAGCUGGGCUCGAUUGCGGUGACUAGACUAACAUUUGAAAAACCGACGCUCGCUUCCCUUCAGACGUCAAGAUGGCUUUUGUUUCAAGUUUUCAUUUGGAGUAUACCAGCUUAUCUCACUCUUAUACCACCUCAACAUGCCUUUCCUUUCCUUCUGCUGUUUCAACAACUCCUUCAAACAGAAAUAAGUGGUGUUUUCUUCAGGACAGCGCAGUUGGCGUUAACACCGCGGUCAAUAUGGACGCUGAAGCUAUUUACGCGAGCCGGGUUGGACUCAACGCAGCCUAAACGAUAUGGACACUUCAAUUUCCCCCGGAGAAUAUUUAUCUGUAUUUAUGGAUGGUGUCAAGGGCUGAAAGGAAUGAGAAACGGAGCGUUUUAUGUUUUUCGUAGCUAACAUUUAGCCAUACAUUAAGCUUGGUAACUUACUAAUUUAGCUGCGUUAGCCAGCUAAGCCUUAUAAAGCCAUCUAAAACUGAUCUGUAUAUUAGUGACAUUCAGAGACAUUUAAACCUACCAAUCUAAACUCGAGCACUUUUAUGCAAAUUAAGUCUAAACAGUGUUUAACGUGCUGCCGCUUAUAAAGCAAGUAAGUUACCUAGUUAAUAGCUUAUUCUGUUUUUCGUUUAGUCUAUGUAGUUCAACGCAUUUCAUAUUUUUCAGAAGUAUGAGCACACAUGGACACUUUUCUCAAGGGGACACGCGAUCCCGCGCUGACAGCUCGUGGAUAAACGUGUUCUCGGUAGUUUCCAGGCCUGCGUGGGCUCUCAUGCAGCGGUAUUUCCCCGCAAAAAUGCAAACAGCUUUUGAAAUGAAGUCAAAUCUAGAUAUUGGAAACUCUCUGGCCCCUCUAAAUGUUGCAUAUCUCCAGUGCCAGCAUGAACCCGCACCGGGCGCGUCCUCCAGAGGCCCGGGGGCUCCUUCCUGGUUCACGCGCGAUUCGUUGAGUGAGCUGGGAAUUCAGAGCGCUUCCCAGAAAGAUUUCAGUCUUCAAAAGCAAGAGUCGGCCGGAUACCUCGGAACAGCGAGAAACUUUAUCAGCCAGGUGUUGCAGAACGCGCUGGAAAAAAGGCGCGCGGGCGGUGAGCGCGCCAAACCGGAAAGCGGAUGCGAUUUGGGCCCGGAUACGCUGUCCGUGCGAACCACUAACAGCUGGUGGUGGGGUGGGUUUUGGGAGGCCGAUGACAGACCUCCAAACUGGCUGCUAAACGAAGCACAAAGCAGAAAAGAGACUGAUACGAGCUGGCAGCAUUGUGGAGAACAUCACAGUGUCGGCUAUUGUCAAAGCCGCUCGCGCGCGACCUUUGCCGUGACGACUGAAUUGUGUGUCUGCAGCGAUGAUGUGCCAUCAAUGCACAACGAAAGCGCUGGACCCUUGUGCUCCAAAGAGCUGACCCACAAUGCAUGCCUAUCAAAAUCCCUCCCAAACUCAUACAAGCUUCCACUAGAUGCAGAGCAGCAACUGCUAGUUUGUAGUAGAGCCUACAAUGAGGUGGCAAUUCUGACUCCAGAUCAAGAUAAUGGCUACUCCAGCUUGGAGGAAGAACACUCAAAUAGUAAGCUUCACAUGAAGCUGCUCUCCGAGGAACAGGAGGUGUCAGAAACGGCCAGCCCUGGUGCCUCCGAGGACGGCUCAUCUCAUAUUAACACUACAGUGAGCGAGUUUAAUAGUGAACCUGUCAAUUUUGAGGAAGAAAUUAAGGAAAGAGAGGAAGAGGACUCUGAAAAGAUAGCUGAAACGGUUCCGGCUGCUGAAAGUGUGCACUUUUUGGCCACUUCUCAAUGUCAAAACAAGGUCAUCGCUUACAUCAUGGGUAGCCCUUGCAGCGGCGAAUCCGAGUCGGAGGAUGAUAGUGAUUGGGACAGUAAUGAUGAUGAUGGCUUUGACAGUGAAGGCUCGUCCAACUUCUCAGAAGAUCUAGAUGACAGCGAUGAUGAAUCCGAGGAAGAUUCGGAUGAAGAGGAGGGGGACUCUGAGACCGAGAGGCUGUGGAAUUCUCUGUGCCAAAACGGGGAUCCUUAUAACCCGAGGAACUUCACAGCUCCCAUAAGGACUGCAGCCAAGCCAAGCUCUGUGUUUACAGACUCUUCGGUCUCAGAGUCUCCGCCAGUGCAUAUGCCCUCCAAGCUUUCGCCGCCUCCAUCGUCGCCCUCACUGUCCGAGAAUGAGUCCAGCGAAGACGCCUGCGAGAUGGAUGAGGAAGAGAAUCUGAGGUUGUGGAAUUCUUUUAGCUGCUCAGCAGAUCCCUACAGCCCUUUCAACUUCCAGGCUCCCAUACAGACUUGGAAAACCUCCAAAGGAUGCCGGAAGGAGAAAGUGCCUGGAACCCCACGCUACAAGAGAGAGGAGGCUGAGGAGAGGCUGGACAGUGGAUUCUCAGAGAUUUCUCCUGUGCCAUGCUCAAGCAGUGCCAUAUCCAUUCAGCUGAAGAAGGUGACGUUUGUAGAGGAUGUGGAGGAGUUCUAUGCCAGCAGUGAUGAGGACCGUCGUGGACCCUGGGAGGAGAUCGCCAGGGACCGCUGUCGCUUUCAGCGCCGUGUUCAGGAAGUUGAAGAGACUAUCAGCUACUGCCUUUCUCCAACUUUCCGUCUGGACAUUUUUCAAAGACUACACAAUACUAGCUAAUUAAAAGCCUUGCUUGUUGUUGGACCGUAAGUUAAAUGUUCAAAGGGCUCACAAGUCACAAAUCCAAGGAGCUCGAUGGUUCCUGCCAGGGAGGGACACCUCACUUGAGUCUGAUGAACUGUUUUGUGCUGAGUGUCGUGUGGAUUCCAGACAUAUGCAUUUUGUUUUGUUUUUUUCUUUGCCACAAGUCACGCUGUCCUUUCUAGUCCUCAAUACAAUACUUUCAUUUUAAAGAGAAAAAGAGGAACUACAUGUCAUGUCAGUUUAAUCACGGAAUUCCCACUCAAACAUCUAAACGUUUCUUAAUUUUUUGAUCAAGCAAAUGCAGCAGUUUUUCUUCAUGCCUGUUGGAAGGUUGAUUUAAUGAUUUAUUAGGUUUGGUUUAGAGAUGUACACAGAAGUGCAUUAACUUCACCCCUCACAAAGCGACACUAAAUUACUAAAUUGAUGUUCAUCUUUCCCUUAGAACUGUAUUAGUGCAAAAGUAUUCAGGACGGGAAAUAAAGUGUUUGCUUUCAAAUCCCUGUUGUGUUCAUCUCACAGGCCUUCUUACCAACCCCUCGUGUUGUAACCUCAAAGCCAAAGAUAACAUACUUACGCUCUGCAAAGGAUCAUUAAGCCAGGCCUCAGUGUUCGAUGCCACGGGCGCACCGGCUGAAUGAUUCCCCAGAGUAAUCACAUUCAUUACCCACAUUAAACCUAGUGGUAUUUUGCCAGAGCUGAGCAAUGCUUAUGUCAGUGUCUGUUCCUGUGUCAGAGUGAAGAUAAAUGGACGUGGGCCUAAGUGCAAUGUAUUUGCAUGAUAUUAAAUGGAAAGAUGUACUUUUACCUAUCACACAAUCAUAUGUGGAAAUCACUGUCUUGUAAUGGGGUUUUCUCUGUGCUUUGAACUGUGGCAGCUGUGACGGACAGUAAAAUCUUGACUAUAAAGAGGAAAUGCAGGGACAAAAUGCAUGUUUAUGAUUUGAACUAUAAUAUGCUUGAUGUUGAAGCAUAAAUGUAAUUUGUUAACCAGUAUAAUUAACAUAAAAGCGUUUUAUUUUUGUAAUACAUUUGCCCAGUUAAGCAUCUGUAAUGGGAUUUGUGAUGAAAAUGAUUAGUCUUAAUAUAAUUAAAAUUCAAUAAAAAAUAAUUCAGGAAAAUGGA